ACAACAGGGCCCAUACAUGUUUACUAGGAGUUGCGCCAUUUUCUUUCCUUUUCGGGUGAUUAGUGGGAGACCAGGGAUCAGAGCCGAGGCUUAAAACACCAGGUGAGCACUGCGGAGAUCUUCAGUUCCUGCGGUGCCUAGGCUUGUUAUUGGAGGAAUGCAGAGUAAGGAGGGUAAGGGAAAAAGAAAGUGAAAGCCACAGAAGAGGAACGACAUAGAGCCGUGCGUUAUUUAGCCUACAUGCUAACGCAGCUUCACAAAAAUACUCAUUAGUUUGGGAACAAGUAACGUUUACAAAACUAAACUGUGAGAAUCAUUCCUACAUUGACGCCACCAGCCUACUGGAAUGUGUAGUUAAAGUGGCUUCUAAAUGUUAGAUACGAACAAUCAGUUUGCAGUAUACGGAUGCUGUUUCACAUACGUUUUUGUCGUCACCGUCUUUGCUCUGACGGAAUGAUCAUAUUUAUCUGCUAAUUCGCUCUGCUUUCUGCUCACUCAGCCACUGUUCUUGCACACAAUAGUGAUAUAUUAUCAGUGGAUACAAUAUGUUCAGACAAUGUUCUAGUGUUAACCGUGUUUGGCCUGAUAGAUGAAAACGUAUAUCUUAUGAUGAAAAGUGAGACUCUAAGAGUCUAGGUUUUAUUAUUCUUGAGUAUCGAGAAAUUUGACAAAAGGCAAUAUCACGCAAGCAGAAUCUGUAGUUAAUGUACCUGUAUGCCAAGAAAUUAAGUAGUCAGUAGUGCAAGUGUUAUAUUGUUAAUUAUUAACAUUUUUAAAUGUUUAUAAACUGCAGGUGUGUACAAUGGCGGACGAACUACGUAAACUGACCAUGAGUAACGGUCCUGGAUCAGUAAGCGUAGGCUUUUGCCAACAAUCCCGUAAUGUGUGCUUGGCUUCAACUGGUAUUGCUUUUACGAUAGGAAUAUUAUGUGGAGUUCUGCUACCGGAUUAUGUGUUGAAACCAUCUAAAGAUUCAGGGUUUACUGUAUUUCGCAGAGAAAACCAGCAGAACCGAUUCACUAGUGUCGUCAAACCCAUCACGUGGAGUUCAUCUGUAACCCAAACAUCGGUGAUUGUUCUUAAUUCCAGAUCGAUUGAAAAUGAUGAAAUUCGAGAAGUUCAAAAGUUUCGUAACCGUGAAAGAGUAGACGUACAACGAGGGUUUAGUUGGCCGAAGGAAGGGCAUGCUUUAAAAGAAGACACGCUAACAACGAGUCGCCUGAAAGGUCAAGAUGCUGAUAAAAGUGGCGAAACAUCGACUCCGAUUCCACUAACGCCUUCCUCAGUUUAUGUAGAUUUUUCUCCAGUUUCUCACAAUAUCGAUAACAGUUUAGGGGAACCUCCACGUCAAGAAACGAACGUGGAAACUAGCGGUGUUCUUAGGUUUGAUCUUAGCCAAAAGUACAAUAAAAUCACGGUGGGGGCUGCGAACAAUGAAAUAAAAGACCUCACGGAAGACCACCUCGUUAAAAACGGUAGGGCCGCUACUACCUCCUCAUCCGGGCUCAGUCUCCGUUGGCUCCCUGCGGCGAACAUGAAGAUGCCGGGGCACUCCGUGCGAGUGCAAGGCACCAAAAGUUUCCCGAUUUCUCGAGUUAACCACAGAAACAACAUUAUCAAAAAUCUCCCCAAAACACAGUCGAGAUUCCCGAUAAUCUCUUCUCUUGAGAAUCAGUGGCUUUUUAAAAAUGUUGCUAACCUAAAUCUUCGAGAAACGAAUAACAUAGUAAACGGAAUAUAUUGGGCAGAAGAAGUAGAAAAAAUUCUUCCCGAUGGCUUCAUCAAAAAUAUAGACAGUUGGCGUUGGUUCGUUAAUAAAACAAAAAUUGCAAACAUUUCGAAAGGUUGUGGUAGAAUGCAAAACAGAUUGAUUACUUUCGAUAAUGGAAAACAGUCAUGUUGUCGAUACAGACAAAACAAUGAUCAAAUCCAGGGUGAAAUUUUCUCAUUCUAUUUAAGUAGACUUUUGAACAUCGGAAACCUGCCGCCCUCCGUGCUAGCUGUCAUCAGAGACAAAGAGUGGCAGUGGGGGCAUGUACAGUCACAACUUUACUUAGCCCAGUGGAAUACUGAGAGGCCACUCGUGUUAACGAUGUUUGUGGACAAGCUGAUUCCCGCCUAUAUUCCUCGUGCCUUUCGCACCAAAGAACGACGGCUUCAUCCAGUGGCUGAAGAUUUGUUCAAUAAAACUUUGGUUGAACUUGUAGAGCUUGCUCAAUGGUCAGACUUAAUCGUGUUUGAUUACUUGACAGCGAAUCUUGAUCGUGUAGUAAACAACAUGUUUAACGAACAGUGGAAUCCCGAGAUGAUGAAUUCGCCAACACACAAUCUCGCCAAACACAAAGAGUCAGGAUUACUAGUAUUCUUCGACAACGAAUCAGGACUUCUUCAUGGUUAUCGACUAUUAGACAAAUAUGAGCAUUUUCAUCGUUCGCUAAUAAAUUCUUUAUGUGUGUUUCGUAAACAGACUGCAGACUCUAUUGCAAAAAUGCAUAGGACUAGAAAUAUUUCUGUACUUCUAAAACAAUCCUUUGUUAAAGAUGAUCCCGGUAUGACUGACUGGUUACCAUUCUUGCCUGAGCGCAGUUUAAAAAUAUUGAAAAAUAGAAUUGAUACAGUGUACAAUCAGAUACGGCAGUGUGAAGCAAGGUUUAAUCGUGAAGGUGACCAAAUGCAGAAGAAAGUCGUUCGAUAAUAAAUGGCGUGUCAAAUUUGAAAACACUAACAAAUAAAUUAAUACGGUUGCACAGAAAGCAAUUUCAUUCAGUGAAAAUCUGAAAUCGGAACCGAGUAGUGUCUUUGCACAUUUGAGUUUAUCGUGUAGGUCAUCUCAGAUUAGGUAUCAUUAGCUCGAAGCUAGGUGGAGCUUCUUGGCUGAUAUUGCAGGUAUUCUGUCUGGUGAAACAGAACAGUAUAUAUUCCUACACGUGUUUCUGUGUUUGUGAUAAAAUACCUCUAAAGAAUGACUCUACCUGACUAACUAUCUGCUGGCCCAUCUUAAAGGUAAGGGGGAGGAGAGCUGGUGCUGGAGAAAGCAGAAGGAAGUGCUGAUGU